ACGACUCAGACCGUGUCACGCCGCGCAAUACGCCGGUCGAUUCGCGUUCCCAUUCGUUCGUUUCACUUGUAUUAUUUCUCUGGAUAACGCGGAGAUAUCUCAACCUGUAAUAUUUCAAGUUCGACGAUUGUGUGACAAAUAAUAUAUACAUAUAGAUUUCUCUUCAAGUUUAUUACGACGAUUACGUAGUCGACAUAUUCUUUCCUUUCUUUCACUUUUUUUUUUUUCUUUUCAAUAGAAAAGGCGAAGAUAUAUCAAACACGACGGAUGGAACGACGCCGUUGGCAGUGAACGACAACGACGGCUAAGACGAGGACGAAGAUUGGAACGGAGACGACAGAGACGAAGACGAAAAGAUCGUCGGCAUAAUUGACACCUAUUUUCUUUUCUCGCUGAAUGUUGUUGUUGUUAUUGUUAUUGUUAUUAUCGUCGUCUACUUCUUCAUAAACAACAUCAUCAUCAUCAUCAUCAUCAUCAUCAUCAUCAUCAUCAUCGUCGUCGUCGUGGUCGGCGUUACCACUAUCGUCGUAUCGUCGUUCUUCUUCUUCUUCGACGUUCUACCAACGUUAUUACAUCGUAAGAGAAGCUACGACGACACAACGUGUUUCUUCUAAAGGAUAAACACGCAUAAAAAUCUUGUAAGAAUCGUUUGGCAAACAGGAAAGUGCGAAAAGUGACGCUAACAUGCCGAUGGAAUUUUUAGAUCGAUUACCCGUGCCCAAUCUAAGAGUUUACACGACCCUCAGCUUUGCUGUACUAUCUUGUUCCGUUUACUAUGCUGCUCAAAUUGUAAAAGAUCCCGCAUGGCGAGCAAAUCAUACGAGUAUAAUUGAGGGCAUCGACGACAUAAUGGAAAAUGGCACGACGACUUAUCCCAAAAGUUUUGGUAUGCACUUCAAAGAGUUACUGUCCUUCAUGGCACAGGAUCCUGCUUGCAUUUGGACUUUGAUAAACAUGGCUUACUGCGUGCUGAUACUCCUAGGCAAGACUAUUCAAAAACUAGUCUUCGGUGAUCUACGAGUUUCCGAGAGGCAACAUCUCAAGGACAAAUUCUGGAACUUCGUAUUUUACAAGUUCAUAUUCGUUUUUGGUGUGCUCAACGUACAGUACAUGGACGAGGUUGUACUUUGGUGUGCAUGGUUCACAGCACUUGGAUUUUUGAGUCUACUGAGUCAACUUUGCAAGGAUCGAUUCGAAUACUUAUCCUUUUCACCUACGACCCCAGGAUGGAGUCACGCCCGACUCCUUGGACUUUUGGCAGGAAUAUUAGCUUUUUCUGCAUUCAUGCUCCUGUUGUGCACCGCAGCAGUUUUCUUUUUAGUGACCUUUAAUACUUUCGCCUUCAUGGCGGCCGAGUGCAUACUAUUGGCUGUCCGUACGAUUCACGUAAUACUGCGUUAUGUGAUUCAUCUGUAUGACACACGUGGUGCUGGUACAUCCUCUCAACGUUCAUGGGAUAAACGUGGACCUUUGACCUAUUACACGGAUUUGGCAUCAGAACUAACCGCUUUGGCUGUUGAUUUCUUUCAUCAUGUUCAUAUGUUACUUUGGAGCAACAUCUUCCUUAGUAUGGCAUCAUUGGUCAUAUGUAUGCAAUUACGUUAUCUAUUUUACGAGAUCCAACGAAGAAUCACCAAGCACAGGAAUUAUCUGGCUGUACUUAGCCACAUGGAACAAAAUUAUCCAAUGGCAUCGCAAGACGAAUUGGCAAACAAUUCAGAUAACUGUGCAAUUUGUUGGGAGAAAAUGGAGACGGCACGUAAGUUACCCUGUGGACAUUUGUUCCACAAUUCUUGUUUGCAGUCUUGGUUGGAACAGGACACAUCUUGUCCUACGUGUAGAUUGGCAUUGAGUAUGCAAGCCAAUCAUAGAGAGAAUACACCCGAAUUAGCAUUGGAACCGCAAACACCAACAAGAAGAAACGACAAUCAUUUCUUUCAUUUUGAUGGAUCCAGAUAUGUUUCUUGGUUACCAAGUUUUUCUGUUGAGGUUUCGCAUAGUCGACUUCGUGGUAAUAUUUUUACAAUGGCUCAUACUAAUUCUCAGAUGGAUGCAAUGGCUAGACAGGUACAACAGCUCUUUCCACAUUAUCCACGGAACGUGAUACUAGAGGAUCUGAGAAUUACACGAUCGAUCGAAUGGACUAUUGAAAACAUACUCGACGGAGUGUUGAUUUUACCUCAUCACUUGAUCGAGGAAGCGCAAGCCGAAUUUGUUCCGCAAACGCAAACGCAAACGUCCACGGUACACAUCCUACCCACUUCGUCGAUCCAAAAUACGUCGGAUCCAAGGCUUGACAUACCCGUUGCUGAUAGCGGUGAAGAACCAUCAAAUCUCGGUGGACGUUUCUCUAAAUCAUCGAUCGAAAGAGAACGCAUUCUUCAACGUCGAAAGGAACAUAUGCGUUUGACAGCACGUAGAAGGUAUCUCGAGAAAUAUCGAAAAUCGGAUGGUGAUUCAACUACAUCAACCUUAUCAAUAUUAUCUUCUUUAUCAUCAUCAUCGUCGUCAUCAUCAUCAUCAACAAAAACAACCAUGACGGCGAAGACGACGAUGACGAGUUUGGAAACGGAAAACGACAUAGUGAUUACCCAGACGAUGUCUUAAAAAACCAGCUAACAAACCUAAACGGAUUUAUCUUUGGAAGCAAAUCAAAGUACGGAGAUUUAUAUAUUAGCUAACAGCUAAACACUCCGCAAGAGGAAGAGGAAAAGGAAAAGGAAGAGGAAAAGGAAGAGGAAAUGGAAUAAGAAUAAAAAGAACGAGAAGAAAAAGGAAACCUACAAAACAAAACCAAAAAAAAAAAAAACGAAAAAAAAAGGAAAAGAAAAGAAAUAAAUAAAAAAGAAACAAAAAAAAAAAAGAAUUAGUCCUUUCUCCGAUUGGAGAGACGCGAGCGAGACGUAUGUGUUUGUCUCUCUGUCAAAGGGUCUCGCGCGCGCAUGCGCGCGCGUGCACGAUCGACCGGAAAUUUCUACAAAUGGAUUCUUCAAGAGAUAAUUUAGUCUUCUUACGAUAUAUAUAUAUAUAUAUAUAUAUAUAUAUAUAUAUAUAUACACAUAUACAUAUAUAUGUGUAUGUAUGUAUGUAUGUGUAUAUGUAUAUGUAUAUCUCUAUAUGUAUAUGAAUAUGAAUUUAUUAUUUAUAUAACAUUGCUGCUUCUUUGCUGAUUGAUGAAUAAUUUGUUGGCUAAUUUUCUUUUUCUUUUCUCUCUCUUUCUCUUUCUUAUUUUCUUUCUCCAUCUUUCUUUCUUUCUUUCUUUCUUUCUUUCUUUUUUUUUAUAAUUUUUUUUUCAAUGGCAGGAAGCGUGCAAAUAUAUGCAAAAUAUAUUGAGAAAGACGAGAGCACCUUGCCAAUGAUUGAAUGAUGAAUUAUGUAUAUCGAGAGAAGAGAUAAGAGGAAUCGACGGAACAGAUCGUUGGUGUAUUCUCUAAUCCGAGAUUAGAAUGAUGUUUUCCUUGAUUAUUAUAAGGUCCUUGAAAUCAUUGAGAUCGCGGCGAGAUUAAUUUUAGGCGGUCUUUAUUAUCUACGCACGUACACUUCAUGAAAUGGUACUUUUAAACUUAACGAUUGAUAUAUAUAUAUAUAUAUAUAUAUAUAUAUAUAUAUAUGUACAUACGUGUGUGUGUGUAUGUGUGUACAUUUAUAAUUGUCGAGAAAUUAUAAUUCUUUUUCUUCUUUUUUUUUUUUUUUUCUUUUCGUUCAUUCGUUUGUUUGUUCGAAGAUCGAAAGUAUCAUAAGUAGAAUAUGUUUAAUAAGACAGCAUUUAGGGGGUAAUGUUCCAUGCGCUUGAAAUACAGAUCAGAGAGAUUAUAUAUGUAGCUUAUAUACUCGCUUUCAAAUAUGAUCGUCUUUACAUGUUUCAAAUAAUACUUUAUUAUUCAUCAUUCUCUCUAGCUUCUUCUUAUUCUGAAACUCGUUAAAAAGUGACAAAAAAAUGCUGCAUGUCAAUACGCUUUUCGAUGUUUUUC